CACAUAUCAUUCUAGUUAGCUACUCUGUUUUGUUUGGUGUGGUAAGACCGGUACUAUGUACGAGAAUAUGAAGAACAAAACAAUUCUUGUGACCGGCGCUGGGGCAGGUAUAGGCAAUGAUUUGUGCAAACAACUUGCGGAGGCUGGAGCCAAUGUUGUCGCGGUGGCACGGUCUAGUGAACAAUUGAAGGAAUUGCGGUCAUUCAAUUCAUCCAUCAAAACAUUCCAGGUUGAUCUUAAAGAUUGGUCUCAAGUACGCCAGACUUUGGCAAAUGUGCCCGCCCUUGAUGGAUUGGUUAACAAUGCUGGCAUUGCAAUCAUCAGACCAUUUACAGAGUUAACCGAGCAAGAUUUUGAUGACACUUUUGAUGUCAACAUCAGGGCAGUUUUCAAUGUGACACAAACCGUACUGCCCAAAUUGAAAGAAAAUUCCAGCGUUGUCAUGGUAUCAUCUCUAGCAGCAUCGCGAUCCUUUGAUGGCCAUGCGGUCUAUAGUGCAACAAAAGCAGCAGUUGAUUCCCUUACACGAUCUUUAGCUCUCGAGUUGGGACCAAGGAAAAUACGGGUGAAUUCAGUUAACCCCACCGUUGUACUAACUAAAAUGGGCCGGGAUAAUUGGAGCGAUCCCGCCAAAGCUGGCCCUCUUUUGGCCCAUAUACCACAACGAAGAUUUUGCGAAGUCCAAGAAGUUGUAGAUGCCAUUGUCUUUUUAUUGAGCGACAAAUCGAGUUUUGUCAAUGGGCAUCAUUUGAAUUUGGAAGGAGGCUAUUCGGUUUCUUGAGUCUUAAAAAAAACCACAAUGUUCCAUUAUUUUUUCUUUUAUUUUAAUAUAUGAUUAUAAUCCGUGUGUAUUCACAAGACAAGAAAAAACAAGAAUCUUGAAACGAAUGUAAGUAAACAUAUAUGAGUGUGUGAUUAUACAUUAUUAAAUGUGUGUAUCUUAACUUAAUAA